CGAGCCGCGCGGAUUCCUGCUGAUUCCUGCUGAUUCCUGCUGAUUCCUGCUGAUUCCUUCUGAUUUCUUGUGAUUUCCUCUGAUCGGGUUCGGUCUCUGCUCUCCGGUCUGUCCGCCGCAUCCGGCUGCGGGGCCGCUCGCGCUGCGCUGAGUUGCGGUGAAGUUGCGGUGAAGUUGCGGUGAAGUGAGUCUCGAGCUGCGCGGAUUCAAACGGCCACUUCCUGAUGAUGAUGAUGAUGAUGAUGAUGAUGAUGAUGAUGACGGUGAUGAAGCUUAUGUAAAUGAUGGAAAAACACACCGUGAUUCGCGGGAAAAGUGAAAAAAUGGCGACGGUCGGAGUUUGAAGUUUAGCGGCUGCGGAGAGAGAGAGACACUCAGACACACAGACAGACAGCCUGUCUCACAGCGCAGCGACAGACAGGUGGAGAGGCUCAGCCUGCGGGACGGAGGAUGUUCGAGGACCUGGACGACUCUCUCUGUGCUCUGGAGUCUCAGGUGGUGGGCAGGGCCGGGCGGAAGGGGCGUGGCCUGGAGGAGGGGGCGGAGCCCAGCCUGAGUGUGGGACAGUUUGUUCUGUGUCACUGGUCAGAUGGACUGUACUACCUGGGCAAGAUCCAGAGGGUCAGCCCUCCCAGACAGAGCUGCUUUGUGACGUUCGAGGACAACUCCAAAUUCUGGGUUCUGUGGAAGGACAUCCAGCAUGCGGGAGUUCCGGGGGAGGAGCCUCGGUGCUCGGUGUGCCGGGGGGCGGAGUCAAACUGCGACAGCCAGGAAACUCAAAACAACCAAAUCCUCAUCUGUGGCAAGUGUGGCAUCGGUUUCCAUCAGCAGUGCCAUAUUCCUCCAGUAGAGGGCAGCAGUGAGCUCAGUCCCUGGUUCUGUAGACGCUGCAUUUUUGCCCUGGCUGUCAGGAAAGGGGGCGCUCUAAAGAAAGGCCCUAUAGCCAAAGCCCUGGCAGCCAUGAAGCAGGUGUUGAGCUACGAUCCUGAAACUCUGGACUGGGACUCUCAGCACCGGACCAAUCAGCAGCAGUGUUACUGCUACUGCGGAGGCCCCGGAGAGUGGUACCUGAAGAUGCUGCAGUGCUUCAGGUGUCAGCAGUGGUUCCAUGAGGCCUGCACUCAGUGUCUGCAGGACUCCAUGAUGUUUGGAGACAGGUUCUACCUGUUCCUGUGCGCGGUGUGUAAUAAAGGUUCGGAGUACGUGCGGCGCCUGUCCCUGCGCUGGGUGGAUCUGGUCCACCUGGCGCUCUACAACCUCGGCGUGAGCAGCAAGAAGAAAUACUUUGAGCUGGACGAGAUCCUGAACUUCGUCUCCACACACUGGGACCACUUCCAGCUGGGCAAGCUGGCUAACACUCCUCCAUCAGAGAGAGGACAACACCUGCUGGACGCUCUGAACAACUACAAGAGCAAGUUUCUCUGUGGGAAGGAGAUAAAGAAGAGGAAGUGUAUAUUCCGGUUAAGGACUCGCGUCCCCCCCAACCCCCCCUCCAAACUCUUCCCUGAGCGCACACAGAACGACGGGGGGCGGGGCCGGAAGAGGGGCGGGGUCAGGAAUAGCACCCCAGCAGAGAGGAAGAAGAGGAAGUCCAAAUGGCUUCUAGAAAAUGCCAUCCCCAACAGCGAGCUGUCCUGCAGCUGGACGUCUAACCACCACAUGGCCACCAUCUUUGAUUUCACCCUGGAUGAGCUGCAGAGCCUCAAGAGUGGUUCCAGUCGUACAGUCAGUAUUGAUCAGGACUCCACUGACGCCUCCACGUCAGGCUCUGCCACCACCAGCACCUCCUACCACUUCAGGAGGAGGGUGGGCAGCAGGAAGAGGAAGUUGCCUAGCAACAGCUACAGCCAGUGGGCCAAUCGCAGCGAAGCGGGGGAGGAGCUCGGAGGAGAUGACGCCUCGCGGCUCCUGGAGGACCGAGAAGCUACGGGACGAGCCCACCUGAGCCCUGACCCCGCCCACUUCCUGUCUGACCCCGCCCACAUCCCCUCUGACUCCUCCCACCUCCACUCCUCCAUCUCCUCCUACUUCGGCGUGGCGGGCCGGCUGACCAACGGCGAGCGCUACCAGGUGCUGGCGCGCCGCGUCACGCCGCAGGGCACCGUGCAGUACCUGCUGGAGUGGGAGGGCACCACGCCUUAUUAGGAAGUGACCCCGCCCCCCCAGGCUGCUCCCACCAAUCAGAGGGCAGAGAUCACCUGGCGCUCUGCUUCUGAGCACAAACACAACCUGAACCGGAUUCAUCCGGUUUUCUGCUCGCUGCUGGUCGGCGGCUCGGCUUGCACCUUCAGACGCCGUGAGACAAACAAACAAACAAAAACAAACAAACAAACAAACAAACAGCUGACCUGACAGGAAGCAACAAAACCUCCUGAGCAUCAUUUCAAACAAACAGUUCUAAUAAUUAUCGAGUUCCAGUUUAAAACAGUAUUUUCUAUUAAUUUUCUUUUUUUAAAUUUCAGGAGAUUUUCUUUUUCUUUUUUUCUCCAAACCGUUUCCUGCUGCAGGUCACGUCCUCGUUUGUUUUUCUCGUUUGCUUUCUUUUGUUUUGUUGUUUUCUUGCCGAGCUGCAGCCGCAGAGCCACUUCCUGCCGAUCAGCUGAUCAGUCAAUCAAUCAAUCAGUCAGUCAGUUCAAAAGAAAAACAUGAACAAAACUGACAGUUUCCACUUCCUGUUUCAGUCUUCAGAUAGAGCCAAAGAACACACACACACACACACACACACACAGACACACACACACACACACACAGACACACACACACACACAUACACACACACACACACACACACUCAAACCACCGCAGUCAGUAUGUGAUCAAUCAGACUGAUUGAUCAGAUCAUACAGAGAUCAAUCCGACCAAACAUCACUCCCCCCCCCCCCCCCCCCCCCCGACCCCCGACCCCCGACCCCCCCACCCCAUGUUAUUGCACUAUUGAUUCCUAUCUAUGCAAGUAUUGAUGUAACCACGGUAACCAAAUCUAAUUUGCUAAACUGUGAUAAUUGAUCGUAGUGAUUGAUUUGUUAUCAGGAGCCUCGAGGUCUGAUGU